AUGAUGGCAUACUGCAACACGGUCCGCCAGCUCGAGGACAAGUUUGAUGGUCUCGAGCUCAACCACGUCAUGAGACGCUUCAACGAGGCAGCUGAUGAGCUGGCAAAGGCGGCGUCCGGCCAGGGACUAGUCCCCGCCGGUGUCUUUAUCAGCAACCAGCAUAAGCCCUCGAUCCGCUAUGAGGAGUCAAAGGAGGUUGGCAACACAUCACCUAUCCCAAACUCGGAGGCCGACCCCUCCGAUCCUGAGGUUAUGGAAAUCGAUGCAAAUCCAGCAGAGGGGCCCGACCCCCUGCCUGACUGGAGAGCCCCGUACCUCGAUUACCUCAUUCGCAAGUUGCUCCCGAUAGACAACACAGAGGCGCGAAGGAUCGCCUGUUGCGCCAAAUCCUUCAUCAUCAUCGAUUGGGAGCUCUACAAGCAGAGCCAUAUCGGCAUCCUGCAGCGCUACAUCCCAAUCGAACAAGGAAAGGCGCUACUCCAAGACAUCCACGCUGGAGCCUGCGGCCACCACGCCACACCAAGAACCCUCAUUGGGAACAUCUUCCGACCAGGCUUCUACUGGCCGACGGCGGUCGCCGAUGCCACCCGUGUGGUGUGCACCUGCGAAGGGUGCCAAUUCUUCGCGCGACAAACUCACCUGCCUGCCUAG